GUUUGUUUUGCAGACAGACGCUGGAGGCUUCUUCCCCUCACACACACACACACACACACCGUGUUAGACCUCCACUUACCGCAGUACACCUCUCUGUCUCUGUCACCCGCCCUGGGCACAGAUGGACCAGCAGGCCCAGUCCUACAUGCUUGCCAGUCUGACACGGCCUCACUCAGAGCAGCUGCUGCAAGGCUUACAGCUGUUACGGCAAGAUCAUGAGCUGUGCGACAUCGUGCUCCGUGUGGGCGAUGCCAAGAUCCACGCACACAAAGUGGUGCUGGCCAGCAUCAGCCCGUACUUUAAGGCCAUGUUUACAGGCAACCUGUCGGAGAAGGAGACCUCGGAAGUCGAGUUUCAGUGCAUCGAUGAAGCGGCGCUACAGGCUAUCGUGGAAUAUGCGUACACAGGAACGGUGUUCAUCUCGCAGGAAACGGUGGAGUCCCUCCUCCCGGCUGCCAACCUGCUUCAGGUGAAGCUCGUGCUAAAAGAGUGCUGCAGCUUCCUGGAGAGCCAGCUGGACUCCGCCAACUGCAUCGGGAUCUCGCGCUUCGCAGAGACGUACGGCUGCCACGACCUCUGUCUGGCGGCCACCAAGUUCAUCUGCGAGAACUUUGAGGAGGUCUGCCGGACAGAGGAGUUUUUCGAACUGACCAGGGAGGAACUGGACGAGAUCGUAUCCAGCGACUGCCUCAAAGUGCUCACUGAGGAGACGGUGUUUUACGCGCUGGAGUCGUGGAUCAAAUACGACCUGAGCGAGAGGCAGCAGUACCUGGCGCAGUUGCUGCACAGCGUGCGGCUGCCGUUGCUUAGCGUCAAGUUUCUGACGCGCCUCUACGAAGCUAAUCACCUCGUCCGGGACGACCACGCGUGCAAACAUCUGCUGAACGAGGCGCUUAAGUACCAUUUCAUGCCAGAACACAGGCUUUCUUAUCAGACGGUGCUGUCCACCCGACCACGCUGCGCUCCGAAGGUUCUUGUCGCAGUCGGAGGCAAGGCUGGACUUUUUGCCACGUUAGAAAGCAUGGAGAUGUACUUCCCGCAGACAGACUCGUGGAUCGGCCUCGCCCCGCUCAGCAUGGCCCGCUAUGAAUUCGGCGUUGCGGUUCUGGACCAGAAGGUGUACGUCCUGGGUGGAAUCGCCACACACAUUCACCAGGGGAUCAGCUACCGGCGACACGAGAGCAGCGUGGAGAGAUGGGACCCGGACAGCAACACCUGGUCCUCGGUGGAGCGCAUGGCGGAGUGCAGGAGCACGCUCGGGGUUGUGGUGUUGGCGGGAGAGCUCUAUGCACUCGGAGGCUACGAUGGUCAGUACUACCUCCAGUCGGUAGAGAAAUACGUACCCAAGGUGAAAGAGUGGCAGCCUGUCGCACCCAUGACCAAGUCGCGCAGUUGCUUCGCCACCGCGGUGCUGAACGGUAUGAUUUACGCUAUUGGAGGCUACGGUCCUGCUCACAUGAACAGUGUGGAGCGCUACGACCCGAGCAAAGAUUCCUGGGAGAUGGUGGCACCCAUGGCUAACAAAAGGAUCAACUUCGGUGUGGGAGUCAUGUUGGGGUUUAUAUUUGUCGUUGGUGGGCAUAACGGCGUGUCACAUUUAUCCAGCAUCGAAAGAUACGACCCUCACCAGAACCAGUGGACGGCAUGCCGACCCAUGAACGAACCCCGGACAGGGGUCGGCUCGGCCGUCGUGGACAACUGCCUGUACGUGGUGGGGGGUCAUUCCGGGUCGUCGUACCUGAACACGGUGCAGCGCUACGACCCCAUCUCGGACAGCUGGCUGGACUCCAGCGGCAUGAUGUACUGCCGCUGUAACUUCGGCCUCACUGCCCUUUGACACCUGGGGCAGUCGUAGGGGUACUUUAUUUCAAAAUGAUAAAAACUAACAAUGAUCGUUUGCAUUUCUUUUAUCUACACCCCGUUCACUUUUGGAACUGCGCUCCUCACAAGGUCGCCAGUCCAGGAAAAAGAGCGCGCCAUCCUUUUUCGGGCUUUAAAGCAGAAGCAGCAGCGGAGGAAGACGUUUUUUCCAUAAUGCGAGCAGAGAGACUUCGCCGAGGCUGGACGGGCUCUGCAGAGGACUAGGAGGUGCCGAGCGGCAGGAGACGGUUCUCCUGUGGCGUGGUGGCUGCGGUAAUGCCAUUCUCGCUCGUUUUAACCUGGCUACAGGUGCAGCUCUCGCACCUUCAACUUCUGUCCGUCUGCAGGUCCAGGCUUGAGGAUGAUGUGUAUGCAUGUCAUGGAAGAGAUGAUGUAUCUGUGUGUGUGUGUGUGUGUGUGUGUGUGUGUGUGUGUGUGUGUGUGCGCGCGCGCACGCGUAAGUAAGUGCAGAACAAGUGCUCGGGCUCGGGAAUAAAAUCACCGAGUUUGAAACAUCUGCAUCUAAAGUAGUGCUUCACAAAAAAGUGAAAGAAAAAAACAAACUAACUUUAUUCACACUUAAAAAGGGCUGCCUUUCUUUCAACAUGUACAAAGUUUGACUAAAGAAUAUAGAUUAUAUCCUCCAGUGCACUGCCUGUAAAUGUUACCUGCACUGGCUGGUGUGUGAAUGUGUGUGUGUGUAUGUGUGUGUGUGUAUACAUACAUAUAUUCAUGUUUCACUGCAGUCUUUUAAGAAUUCUUCCAAGUUCUACACUUCUAUUCCUCAGUAGCUGUAGAACAUUUUUGUUGUAAAUGUACUUAUUUUGUCAUGUCUUUAUUCCACACCUUUUCUCUUCUUCUCCACGUGUUGAAUGUGUCUUGUCUUUAUUUUAUUUUAUUUUUUUAACUAUUGCAGAGGUGGUGGAGUUAAAAGUAAAAAUCUACUGGUGCUAGUUAAUAAUUCAGGAUUUGUUUAUUUUGUCUGUCAUUUCACAAAAGCGUAUUUGAUAUAUGUUUUUUAUUUGCAUGUGUGUGUGUUUGUUUUUGUUGUUGUUUUUUUUCUUUCGUGUUAGUGUUACGUAAACAAAAAGUUGCUCCGUUAAGCCCUGUGCAAAACCGGCACUCGAACGAUUUACACCUCCGGAGACGCAGCGUUGUAAAGUAGUCGGAUCGUCCCACGGCGACGUCAUUGAGCACGGCUCGAACCGCUCACCGACUGAAGAUACGACCCGAGACCGAAUCCUGACUGACUUUAUUCGACAGAAUUCAAGGAUUAACCAGAUAUCAGGUCAGAACAGCGUCGAGUACAUUUCAGCAGCGUCUGUCUUAAUCAAUCGUAGUGAUUUUUUUCUUUUGCGUCCUGUUCGUUUCUCUAAACCAGAGGUUUCUCAAAAACUAGACUGAAAUCAAACACGUUUCUCACUGCUGCACGGACUUAUUUAUAUAAAUAAAUAAAAUGAAUAAAACUUCGCCCCACUCAGAGAUGAACCGCACAGCGCUCUCCGACUCCAGUGAAACGUUCCACAAUAAAACACAGAAUUUAAAGCUGCAAUAGGCAAUUUUUUUUAAACAUCAUAAUUUUAAUCAUAGUCACAAAUUAAUAUCUGUUAAACCCGGAUUCCAAUCCAUAAAGGCUUAUUCCUCCGUCACCUCCUCAGAUUAAUAACGAGGGAAAGUUCUCCACGUCAGAGUUCUAAGUGACGUCAUGACGUGCCACGCUAAUCAUUCUUUACCUCCAUCAGGUGAGCCAUGGUGAGCUUUCUAUCUUUUUUCUUCUUCUUUAAAGAAAUUUUCCCUAAAUGUGACGGGAGCACUCGGGUAUCCUGUAAAGAGCGUUUAUUGAGCCGGAAGUCGUUUUCCAAAAUCCAAAUUGGGUAGAAACACGAGUGUGAGCUCUGAUACGUCGCUAUAUAAACCCGUACUCGUGCAAGAGAGAGAGAAAGAGAGGGGUAUUUGCACAUGGGCGAGGUUACAAACGGGGCUCUGCAUUGCACUUUUUAAACACUUUGUGUUGUGUAUAUGUGUGUGUGUGUGUGUGUGGAUAUAAAAUACAUUUACGUUGAAGGCUUUUAUAUGAUGCAAUAAGACCGUUUCUUUUUUGUUGUUGUUCUUGAAAAAUGCUGCGCCUGAAAUAUGUGGCUUCUCUUUUUUUUUUUUUCAACACGAAUCGGACGAAGAAUCAGAUUUUUUCCGUUCCCCCUGUUGUUCAGAGCACUUACGCUGUUUUUUUUUCUUGUAUUCAUUAUUUUAUUUCUUCCACCGCAGCCGUGACCGUGACGUUUUUCGACGACCAAAGCAAACAGGCGUGGAAUUAAUUAAAAAAUCUUCUUUUUCAUUUUUUUUAAUGCCACCCUCUUUUCGUGCUGCCUCUGAUCAGUUUAGACGAAACAUCGACUGACUUUUACGAGGAAAGCAAAAGAAUCGUAAAGCACGCUCUUACAUCAGCAAUAAUUCUAUACAAGGUUCACGAGUAAUACGGAGUAAUCUGUUUUUUUCUGUAAAAAUCCUGCGUUGUUAUAAACUACGACAUCAAGGAAAAUAGUCAGGGCGGGUCUUUUUCCUUUUCUUUCUUACCUUUUCCUCCCCGUACGAUUAGCCUAACGAUCCAGAGUGUAGAGAGAAGCGAAAAUGAACUGCUAAUAAUAAAUGUACUAUUGAUGUCACGAUAACCUCAUUACAUUAUCGUUGUUUGUGCAUAGAUUAAAAAAAAAAGAUAAAAAAAAAAUGAAAACCCCAUCACGCUGGCGUGAUCUUGCGUGAUUUACCGCGCGUUUACGACGUCUCAUAAGUCAUGGUCUUGUUUGAUGCAUGCACUUCUUGAGCGAACUUUCUUCUAACGCUGCUUCUUUCUUUAGUUUGUCCGAUCUGUUACGGCUUCGGAACGGGAAUGCCGACGGCCAAAUAUGCAUCUCAUGUAAAUCUGAACACGUGAAACUGCAAAACGAAGGGAUGUUUGUUACGUGACGUUUCGUCGGUGUCGCUCUUAACUGUCUCGUCACCACUCUCACCAAAGUGCUUGUUUUAUGAGGAAAGCUGGAUGAAAUGAAGUGUGUGUGUGUGUGUGUGUGUGUGUGUGUGUAGGGUAUGGACUUGAUCCCAGUGACUAAAAAGCGUUGUGUGAAUCUGAUGUCAAUGUAAACCACCUGUUUUUCUCUCCUUUUUUGUGUUCUUUUCUUUGUUCUUUUUUUUGUCCAUGAGUCUCUGUCUGUUCUCUGAAGUGAGGUGAUUAUUUUGAUUUUUAAUUUUUUUUUUUAUGUACCUGUGGAUUGUUACUGGAAGUAAAAAAAGAUGGAACCUUAAUUAAUAGAGUGCAGUAUUUAUUUUUCAGUUUAGCAUCGAGAGAGAGAGAGAGAGAGAGGACGCGCACCUUUCUGCCAGUUUAUUUAGCCGUGUGGUGCAGUUGUACCGAAAAAAUAAACGCCUGCUUUGAGAGGCAAUCUAC